UUUUCCAUGUGUGAAUAAAGGCUCAGAGUGAUUUUUCCAGUCUCCAUUGUGGAUAACGGCGCCUGUCACAUCCACAUCACCCCCCAGAAGCAGCCGAGAGGCAGAAACACCAGCUCUCCGACAUGGCUAAAGAAGGAGCAGAUAUGACGGAGGAAACCCAAUACAUGAUAGACAAACACGUCGGGAAAGAAACGGGGAGCGUGGAGUCACCUGCUAAUGCCAAAGAAAUGCGAGCGGUGAUGCUGGCAGGUUUUGGAGGUCUGAACAAACUCCGGGUAACCAAGAAGGCAAUGCCCGAGCCUCAGGAUGGGGAAGUAAAGAUCCGCGUCAAAGCAUGUGGAUUGAAUUUCUUGGAUUUGAUGGUACGUCAGGGGACUAUUGAUAAUCCUCCCAAAACCCCCCUGGUCCCUGGAUUCGAUUGCUGUGGAAUAGUGGAGUCAGUGGGUGAAAACACAACAGGAUUUGAGAUAGGUGACAGAGUAAUGGCUUUUGUGAAUUAUAAUGCCUGGGCAGAGGUGGUUUGCACACCAGCGGAUUUUGUCUACAAGAUGCCGGAUGAAAUGAGUUUUGCAGAGGCAGCCGCAUUUUCCCUGAACUAUGUGGCAGCCUAUAUGAUGCUCUUUGAAGUUGCCAAUCUGCGUGAAGGGAUGUCAGUGUUGGUCCACUCAGCAGGAGGUGGUGUAGGUCAAGCCGUGGCGCAGCUGUGCUCCACAGUACCUAAUAUAACUGUUUUUGGGAUCGCCUCCUGUUUCAAACAUGCAGCCAUCAAAGACUCAGUGACUCACCUCUUUGACAGAAACGUUGACUAUAUACAAGAAGUCAAAAAGAUUUCUCCCGAUGGAGUUGACGUCGUGUUGGACUGCUUAUGUGGGGAAAACACGGGGAAAGGCCUGAGUCUGCUGAAGCCGCUGGGAACUUACAUCCUCUACGGCGCGUCAAACAUGGUAACUGGGGAAACAAAGAGUUUCUUCAGCUUUGCAAAAUCUUGGUGGCAGGUGGAGAAGGUGAAUCCUAUUAAACUUUAUGAGGAGAACAAAGUAAUAGCUGGAUUCUCGCUCCUCAAUCUUCUCUUCAAGCAAGGAAGAUGUAGUCUUGUGAAAUCGGUGAUGGACAAACUCUUGUGUCUUUAUGAAGAGAAGAAGAUCAAGCCUGUGGUGGAUUCACUGUGGGCGCUGGAGGAGGUAAAAGAGGCCAUGCAGAGAAUUCAUGACAGAGGAAACAUCGGAAAGCUCAUUUUGGAUUUUGAGAAGUCUCCAACCCCUCUGAUGGCCAAUGACAGCACGGAGACCAGUGAAGCAGGGGAGGAAGAAGAGGAGCCUGAGGGGGAUAAUGACAGCAAGGAGCGGAUGCCCUUCAUCCAUUAGAGGGAACCCAGAGCACACCUGGAAAAGCUGCAUAGAUUCACCACAGAGGAGCAUGGCCGCCUAUGAGUGUGUAUGUAUGUUUGCAUGGGCUGUAUGCUUGAAUGUACGUGUAUGCAGUACAUGUUUGUGCCCGUUGUCUAUUAACUAUUCCCUAUAGGUAAAGGAUAAACACAGAACAACCUGUUUGUCGCCCGGGUGACAAGUGCAAGACCCAGUCUGAAGCCAGUCUUUGCUGCAUUUUUGAUGUAAUGUGAAUUUGUUUGCGUGUACUUUAUAGUUAACUGCAUCUGCCAACAGUUUACUGAAUUAGAAACCGACCGAAUGAGCAUCUAAACCCUUUGAUCUGCUGUCUUCUUAUGGUAAGCACUCAUAAAUAGAUUUAGUGAAGCACAUGUGUGUUAUAGAUGGUGAAUGCAAGUGAAGUGGAAUUUAAUUCCCACCUGUUUUUAGUGAGGACAGUUUUAAAAUAAAACAACUGAGAUAAGUUUGAGAGAAAGACCCAAGUGUCUUAAUGCUUUUUGGGUUUUUUUUUUUUUAAUGAGUGAAUAUUGUGCCAACCCAGAGAGGUAGAGGAGUGUGUGUCUAGAUGUCUGCACGAUAUAUUUUCUUUGUUGCCAACCUCAAGAGAUUACAGGAUCACCAGUGCCUUUGAGCAAAUGAGUGUUAAAGAAGUCAGAUCACUUCAGCUUUUGGAUCUUACAUCAAACAACGAAAAUGGUUUUAUUUUAAUUUAAAAAUAGAUAAGAAAAUGGAUGUGCAAAACCUGUUGAGUUGAUUGUGCGCCUCAUGAGCUGUUUGUGUGACGUGUCGGUGGAUCCCUCGCUGAACUGGCCCACAAAUACAGUCAAAUACAAAACAGCGCCUGGUUUGUUGCUGAGUCGCACUCGACACAUUCGUACAUUUUAGACACUUCAAGCGGUUUUGGAAACUGAGUAAAUGCAUGAGAAAGUGUGAUAAUCAGCGGUCCGUUUUCUUGAAGUAGUCAGUCCGAAAGGUUUGCGGAGUUUCUGCUUUGCUCGUCUGACCAAAGUUGUUUACUUGCUGGUGCCUCAACAAAAGUGCCAUGAGAGUUAUUUUUUUGCAGCGAGCUCCCGUGUAGAGGCCGAUGAAGGUUUGAGCAACACUGUGUAUUACUUUACAGAAGUAUAACAAGUCUAGCUGCUAAUGAUGCACAUUCACCAUCCUUUUAGUUUUCACGGUAACGACACAUAGCAUGCUUCCCAUUUUCACUACUUGGUCAUUCUUGCAUAUACAUUGUGUUUUCUAUUGUUAUUCACAAUUUUACUGAGAGCAAACAUCAAAAGGUAUUUCCUCAAUUAGAAGAGAAACUAAACAAGACAUUGCUUUGUAACAAUGGCAUUUCAAGAAAUUAAUUUUAUUUAAAAAAAGCUGAAUAAAAUCAAAUCCACAGGCUUUAUAAGUAAGUUAUAAAAUGCUAAAACUAAUUUCCAAACGUGGAAAUUUGGAUGAAACCGUGGAGACACUUUGGAAAUGGAUUCAGUGUUGAUGCCUUUCUUGUUAGGUGUGGGUGAGUGUGUGUGAGAGAGAAAUGUCCCUGUAGCCUAUAUGUUCAUAUAAAAGAAAAGGCUAAAUGUGUGUGAUGACUUUGAGCAUUUUAGUGUAUUGACUAAAUUCCUUUUAAUUUGGUUUACCUGUGGUUCUGUAUUAUUGUCACAGUUUUUGUUGUGUAAUAUUUUUUG